AUGGACGUGACAAAAUUCAAACGUAAGGUGUACAAUUUUUUGGAAAACGAAAAUGAGUACGUCUUCAAGGAUAACGACGGGGAGGACAACGCGAGCGAAAUAAAAUAUUUCGACGAAGUAAAAGGGACAGCAAAAAAAAACUCCAGCAACAUUUUCAGGCCAAAGACGUAUGAUUUGUGUCAGAGCUUGGAAAAAACGAAAGGAUUCUUAGGCAUAGAAAUGUCCAACAAGUAUGAAGUAUUUUGUUUUGCUUGUAAAUAUUACUAUGAUAAGGAUUUUCUCGGAGAAAGGAAAAAGGAAGUAAGGGGCAAUGAGACAAUUCUUGGAGAGUAUUCAUUCAAAACUUAUGGUGAAAUAAAAAAUGAAAUAGAAAUACUAGCAUCUGCAUUGUACCAGUUUGAAAAUAUAGAACCCAACAUUUUCACAGAUAAUGGUGAAUAUGCUGAAUUGAAAAUUUUAGGUAUUUGGUCUAAAAAUAGAGUAGAAUGGCUAACUACCGACUAUGCCUGCUCAGCCAUCGACUUUGUCACCGUCCCUAUAUACGACACCAUGGGGAUAAACUCGGUCAAGUAUAUAUUUCAAAAAACGCAAAUGAAAAUUUGCUGCAUCGAAGCGGAAAAGUUGGAAUGUCUCAUCAAAUUGAAGGAUGAACUACCCGAUCUACACAUUUUAAUUAUUUACGAUGAGUGGAGCUUAAAGGACGAUAUUAAGCAGCGAGCCAGUAAGGCAGGCUACAAGGUAUAUUUCUAUAAAGACCUAAUUGAUAAAUUUAAGAACCAAAAUAUUAUCCCCCAGUAUGAGUACUACGAUCACGAUUUUCAUAGUCAUGAGAAUAAGGAGAAGGAGGACAAUUCUAGCGUGAAGAAUGUCAGCGGGGGGAAAGAUCAAAAGGGUGUCAAAAAAGGGCCGGACUCGAGGAGCGGCACAGGCGGUAACAACAGUACUGGCAAAAGUGGUAAUAGUGGUAAUAGUGGAAGUGGGUCCAACGCGCUGAUGCAGAAGCUGAAAAAGAAUAAAGGAAAAUUGACUGAUGUGUGUACCAUCAUUUUUACCUCCGGAUCGUCUGGAAUGCCCAAAGGCGCCAUGUUGACACAUAAUACUUUCAUUACCUUUAUGCAAAGCUACAUCAUCGACGGUAAUAGACUGGGCCUGAUGAAACAUGACGUGGUGCUCAGCUACCUUCCCCUAGCUCACGUCUACGAACGGCUAAUCGAAUUCGCUGUGUGUUUUUUUGGAGCCAAAAUAGGCUACUUCUCUGGAAACAUAAAAGAGUUAGUCAGUGAUAUCAACGAGUUAAAACCAACCUUCCUAAUCACCGUCCCGAGAAUUUUACAAAAGAUCCAUGACAAUAUUAUGGAAGGAUUGAAGAACAAAUCGUUUGUAGCCAGAACGUUGGUAAAAACAGCCCUGAAAAAUAAAAAAAACAUAUAUUUGAAAAAUCCGAAAAAGUUUUCCCAUCCAAUUUAUGACAUCAUUUUACAACCAGUGAGGAACCGAUUUGGGGGUCGCAUAAGGACGCAAGUCAUGGGUUCUGCAUCUAUGGAUAAAAAUAAACUAAUCGAUUUGCAAAUGCUCUUUUCAGCACCUAUUUCGGAAGGAUGGGGAAUGACCGAAGUGGGCGUAGGAUUUCUGCAACACAGAUAUGAUUGCACCAAAGGAACCAUCGGAGGAAUGUUCUCCAAUGUUUCCAUGAAAGUCGUUAAGGUGGAAAAUAUGAAGUAUGACCCAAAGGCUUACCCAAACAAGGGAGAAUUAUGCGUCAAGGGAAGUAGCCUAAUGGUAGGCUAUUUCCGAGAUGAGCAAUUAACAAGGAAGUCCUUCGAUGAAGAUGGCUUCUUCUACACAGGAGAUGUCGUAGAAGUGAAUGAAAAUAAUGCAUACGUUCGAAUCAUAGACAGAGCAAAAAAUAUAUUUAAAUUAGCUCAAGGGGAGUACGUCGAGCCGGAAAAAUUGGAAAAUAUAUACACCAAUAGUAUAUACAUAGAGAAUAUUUUUGUCCAUGGGUAUAAUUACGAAAAUGAAUUAGUAUCCAUUAUUGUGCCUAAUGAAAUUUUCGUUCUUGAUUACGCCAAGAAGAAUAACCUCAAUAUGCCCUUCGAGGAGCUCCUUAAAUGUGAUGCUAUUAAAAAGCUUUUUUAUAAUGAAAUAUUGACUAUGUCAAAAACGUAUAAUUUGAAUGGCAUUGAGAAGAUCCACUUAUUUCAUUUGACGCCUAUUCCAUUUUCUGUGGAAAAUAAACAGCUCACCCCUACCCAUAAGGUCGUUAGGAACGCCAUUUUCGCGGAUUAUAAAAAUAUCAUUGACGAUUUGUACCAGUCGAGGAAGAAAUAA